AUGCGUUUACUCAAUGCAUUUGUCGCCAUCGCGGCCUUCCUUCCUGCUUCCCUCGCCGCGUUGCCCACCAAAGCCGAAGGGUUCGCUUCCGGUACUACUGGCGGCAAGGGUGGCCAAGUUGUUCGUCCUCGCAACAACCAAGAACUCGUCAAUUUUCUCAAGGAUAACACCCCUCGAAUCAUCUACCUGGAGCGUACUUUUGACUUCAAGGGUUCAGAGGGUAGUGCUUCCGAAACUGGAUGCGCGCCUUGGGGUACUGGCUCACACUGCCAGCUCUCCAUCAACAAGAACAACUGGUGCACCAACUAUAACCCUAAUGCUGCCAAGGUUAAUGUCAAGUACGACAAGGCCGGCUUGAACCCCAUUUUGGUCGGCUCUAAUAAGAGUAUCAUCGGUGUCGGCUCUAAGGGAGUUAUUAAAGGCAAGGGACUUCGUAUGGCUAAUGGUGUCAAGAACGUCAUCGUUCAAAACAUCCAUAUCACCGAUCUUAACCCUAGCCUGGUCUGGGGAGGCGACGCUAUUACCCUGGAUGGGACUGAUAAUAUCUGGAUUGACCACUGCACUACUUCCUUGAUCGGUCGGCAGCACAUUGUUCUAGGUACUCAGGCUAGUGGUCGUGUCUCCAUCACCAACAACAAGAUCGACGGUCUUAGCAACUGGUCAGCUAGCUGCAACACUUACCAUUACUGGGGUAUCUUGUUCCUGGGCUCAAAUGACCUUGUUACAUUCAAAGGCAACUAUAUGUACCACGUCUCCGGUCGCGCUCCCAAGGUCGCUGGUAACACUGUUCUCCACGUUGUCAACAACUAUUUCCACGACAUUUUCGACCACGCAUUCGAAGUCGAGGACAAGGCUCAGGUUCUUAUCGAAGGAAACAUUUUCCAGAACGUCAAGAACCCUUCCAAGCCUGGCAAUAAAGGCCGUAUCUUUAGCGUCCCUACCGCUGGUGCUACUGGUGUAUGCAAAGCUUCGCUCGGACGUGCAUGCCAGAUGAACGCUUUCGGAAGUUCUGGUACCAUGCCUGGUGAUGAUUCCGGGUUUCUCGGAAACUUCAAAGGCAAGUCUAUUGCGGCUGCCGGUAGUGCACAAACCGCCAAGAACGCUAUGACUCAGGCUGGUUUUGGUGUCGCUUAA